CUUGUGUUAAUCAUCUCUCUCAGUCAACAAAACAGAGAGAAAAUCACUAUAAAUUUCGAAAUAAAUCUUUAUUUUAGAAAAAAAAAAGAAAAAAAUCAAUGGCGGAUCGGAUUAAAGGUCCAUGGAGUCCUGAAGAAGACGACCAGCUUCGCAGGCUCGUGGUUAAAUACGGUCCAAGAAACUGGACGGUGAUUAGCAAAUCUAUUCCCGGUAGAUCGGGAAAAUCAUGUCGGUUACGGUGGUGCAACCAGCUUUCGCCGCAGGUCGAGCACCGGCCGUUUUCCGCGGAGGAAGACGCGACGAUCGCGCGCGCGCACGAGCAGUUCGGUAACAAAUGGGCGACGAUCGCUCGUCUUCUCAACGGUCGUACGGACAACGCCGUGAAGAAUCACUGGAACUCGACGCUCAAGAGGAAAUGCGGUGGUUUCGACCACCGUUACGACGCUUCGGCGGUGGAUCAUCGGCCGGCGAAGAGAUCGGUGAGCGACGGCGGUCCACCUGUUGCUAAUGGGCUUUACAUGAGCCCAGGAAGCCCAACUGGAUCCGAUGUCAGCGAUUGGAGUACAAUACCGGUUUUGCCCUCUGUUGGGCUUUUCAGGCCCGUUCCACGCGCUGGUGGUCCGCUUCCCACCGAAACGUCGUCGUCUUCUGGUGACCCGGCGACUUCCCUGAGCUUGUCGCUUCCUGGUGCUGACGCUAGCGAGGAGUCAACUAAUAUCAACACUUUAAGCCGCCGCCAAAACAAAAACGCAGAAUCGUUCCUACCGUUUUCUGGUGGAUUCCGAGGUGCGAUUGAGGAAAUGGGGAAGUCGUUUGCUGGAGACGGCGGCAGCGAGUUUAUGGUGAUGGUGCAGGAGAUGAUUAAGGCGGAGGUGAGGAGUUACAUGGCGGAGAUGCAGAGAGACCAUAGUGGUAUUGGUGGUGGUGUAUUUGUGGGAUAAUGGAAUGUUUCCGAUUAAGUCGAAUUGGAGUUGGGAGAACGGAGUAGACAAGUGAGAGCUUAGAAACUGUUACAAUGAAUAUCACAAACUCUUUUAAGAAAUGUAUAGAGAAAAUCGAGUGAGCAAUCUCAGUCCAUGAACCUAGAGACGAUGAUAAAAUACUCGAAAUAAACUUUUUUUUCUUUAUAAGAAUGUUAAUGAUCAUCGAUAAAGUAUGUGAAUGAUUCACUAAA